ACUCAGCGAGCUUGGAUCGAGAGAACCUUCCAGAAGAGAGAAUGCAUGCAGAUAAUUCCCAGCACAGAUGCCAGCAGGUGCGGCUGUGGUCAGCUGGUGUCGCAGCACCAGUCGGUCCCGGGGGGUGCCCCUGAAGAGGGGGGGGGGGCGGUGGUGCAGCUUGAGGCCCCUGCAGAGAGAUGGACCCCCCCGAAGCACACGCAGAGCUCCGGCACCGACGCAUAUGGACUCAUUGAGUUCCAGGGGGGGGGGCACGUCAACAAGGCCAUGUACAUCCGGGUGUCGUACGACUCGAAGGCGGACUCGCUGCUGCACCUGAUGGUGAAGGACUGGGAGCUGGAGCUCCCCACCCUCCUCAUCUCCGUUCAUGGGGGCCUGCAGAACUUCGAGCUGCCCCCAAAACUGAAACAGGUUUUUGGGAAAGGCCUGAUCAAAGCGGCGGUGACCACUGGAGCUUGGAUCUUCACCGGGGGGGUCAGCACGGGAGUGAUCCGUCAUGUGGGGGACGCUCUCAAAGACCACUCAUCAAAGUCCAGAGGGAAGGUCUGCGCCAUCGGCAUCGCCCCGUGGGGAAUCAUCGAGAACAAGGAGGACCUCAUCGGGAGAGACGUGACCCGGCCCUAUACGACCAUGUCCAACCCGCUCAGCAAGCUGUCGGUUCUGAACAGUAGCCACUCCCACUUCCUCCUGGCUGACAACGGGACGCACGGGAAGUACGGCGCCGAGGUGCGCCUCCGCCGGCAGCUGGAGAAACACAUCGCUCUGCAGAAGAUCAACACUCGUCUGGGUCAGGGGGUCCCGGUGGUGUGUCUGAUCCUGGAGGGGGGUCCUAAUGUAAUCUCCAUCGUGUUAGAGAGUCUGAGGGAGGAGCCUCCGGUUCCCGUGGUGAUCUGUGACGGCAGCGGCCGCGCCUCCGAUAUCAUCUCCUUCGCCCACAGAUACUGUGGAGAGGACGGAUUGCUGAGUGACAGUGUGAAGGAGCAGCUGUUGGUCACCAUCCAGAAGACGUUCACCUACAGCCGCAGUCAGGCGCAGCAGAUCUUCCUCAUGGUGAUGGAGUGCAUGAAGAAGAGGGCACUGAUCACGGUGUUCAGGAUGGGCUCAGAGGGACAGCAGGACAUCGAGAUGUCCAUCCUGACGGCUCUGCUCAAAGGUGACUCACUGAUCAAAAUAUAA